UAUUUAUGUUUGCUCCAUUCACAUUUUCUUAGCUCCUCCUUGAGAAGACUGAACGCUCUGGCCCAGCUUGAUGUUAUUUCAAUGGGGAGGAGGAGAUGCAACACUCAAAAUGUGUGCUACCACAUGGAUUCAACAACUUCGAUCCAGGCAAGCUUUGUGAACAUUCCUAGGGCCUGACUCGAGACUGGAUGAGGCGUCCAGCACGACCUCUUUGAUGGCCUGACAGUUUUAUAGGGCCAUAGCCAACGACGAUUGAGUGCUUCAACUAGAUGGAGUCGAGAACUGAUCUCUAAUAAAGCAAGCGUAGAGAACGGCAUCUUCAUAAUGGAGAUCGAUGCUGAUUUUGAUAUCCUCAGCUUUGUGGAGGGGGACACUCACGAUAUGGUUAUCCCUGGGGAUCCAUUGGACUCGAUUGUUUCCAAUGUACUCAGUGAGCAUGAUAUUAUGGACAUCCUUGGUGAAGAAGUGCUUGCUGAUGCAAAUCCCUCACUGAAUGGACCCUUGGGAUCUAAAAACCACCUAUGUCCCGUGUGCAGACGUCCGGCUGGGAAACAUUUAUACUAUGGAGCGCAAGUGUGCGUGAGUUGCCGGGGAUUUUUCCGAAGAAGUGUCCAGAAUAAUCACCAAACCAUUUUCCAAUGCAUCGGGGACCUCAAUUGUGUUGUCGACUCAACAUCCCGGAAAAGUUGUAAAUUUUGCCGAUAUCAAAAGUGCCUCGACGCUGGAAUGAAUCCGGCAUAUGUGUUAUCGGCAGCAGAGAGGAAGGUUCGCAUCUUGCAACGAUAUCGCUCUAAAAGUGGGACCACGUCAAUUUUACCCAAGCUCAAGCUGCAACAAGAUUUGGCCAUGACUUUUACACGAGAGGAGAAAAUGUAUUACGACAAUGAGUUCAAGUCCAUGAUUGAUCUUACCUACGCAAAGUGUCUGGAAUUCUUUGUUAACCGUUUAGACGACUUUAAGAGCUAUCACGAGACUCUAUUUUUGGGGAUCCCUUUGACACCGGAGAAGAUGAAAAUGAUGAUGAGAUUGGACGAAGUAACCAUCACGUCCUAUUGUUUGCAACUUGACGAUUGCUACGAACUGUCCUUUCAUGACCGAAUGACUCUGAUCAAGAACAAUUUUCCGGCCCUAUAUGGUCUUACAUGGGCCGGAUAUGGACAAGAUUCCAGUGCAUACGAAUACUACGCCACUUUUCUUGAAGUGAUCAAAGGAAAAGCUUCGACUGACGACAAAUAUCGUCCACUGGCUUGUUUGGCAGAACAGCUAUUGCCCUCAUGCUCAGCAAUCGAAACGAACUUGGUGGAUCUUAACGAGAUAUUACCCCCAGAGAUACUUCGUCAAGAAUCAAAGAUAACUGAAUUAAACCAAGAGACGAGAAAGGUACGAGAGUGGUGCAACCCAUCUGGAUCAGCAAUCGGACCCGACAAUAAUAUUAUCCUGAUAUUCUACAAGAUCAUUUUAUUCGGGACCGAAUUUUCGGAUCGGCUGGACGAUCCAGCCAAAUGUGGAGCCAUUCAAGACAAAUACUUGUGGCAACUUCAUCGGUACGUCAAAACUCAGUUUGGCAAGAAGAGUUACGCCCUUUUACAUGAGACUGCCAUGAUCCCCUUGAGCAUCAAAUCGAUCUCAAACGUUCUUGAGGAGGCAGGGAAAUAACACAACAGUAGCAAAGGUUUCCUUAUGGUUUGGAAUGUGGGUGUUUUUUUUUCUUAUUGCAUCGAUGAUGGAUUGAUCUCAAACAGUGGAAAUAAAAAUUCAUGUUUUGAGUCUGUGUCUCAAGCAGGAACUGAAAAUGACA